AUGGAUAAGACUCUCAUCCCAGGUGAUCCACCAGUCUACCUACUGAAUCCAACAAAACCAGAAAAUCUCAAAAACAAAUUCAACCAAAAGGUUUUCGGAAGUCCACCAGCUACAAAAGCAUCAAACAAAACCAUCAUGGUUGAUGGUGCCACUGGAUCUGGCAAGACCACCCUCAUCAACGGUAUGAUCAACUACAUACUUGGAGUCGAGUGGGAAGACAAUUAUAGAUUAAAAUUAAUAGGUGAGGAAACCAACCAAACACAGGCAUGCAGUCAGACCUCUGAGGUGACAGCCUAUAAGAUUCACCACUCAGAUGAAUUCCAUUCAGAAGUUCCAUAUUCUCUCACCAUCAUCGACACUCCAGGGUUUGGGGACACCAGAGGAAUCAAACAAGACAAAGAAAUCACAGACAGAAUGAGAGAGUUUUUCUCAGACAGGGAUGGAAUCAAUAGCAUUGAUGCAGUGUGUUUUGUAGUGCAGUCUGCAUUAGCUCGCCUGACACACACACAGAAAUACAUCUUUGAUGCCAUCCUCUCUAUUUUUGGGAAGGACAUCGCCAGCAACAUCAUUAUUCUGGUCACCUUUGCUGAUGGCAAAUCACCCCCAGUACUGGAGGCAAUCAAAGCUGCCAACAUCCCAACAGCCAAAAACCCAGAUGAGUCUAUUCUCCAUUUCAAAUUCAACAACUCUGUGCUUUUUGCCAAAAAUACAAGAACUGGCAGUGAUGAGAAUGAGUUUGAUCGCAUGUUCUGGAAAUUGGGGAAAGCCAGCAUGAACAAAUUCUUCUCUCAUCUAUCCACCAUGAAUCCCCAGAGUCUGACCCUGACCAAAGAAGUUCUCGAGGAGCGCAAGCACCUUGAGGCAACUGUUGAGGGCUGCAGCCAAUGA